CUGCACAUCUUCCUAAAACAGACAGAGAUGCAUCUCCACGUUGGGACAUCAUUGCUUCUUCUCCUAUUUUGCUCGGAAGCUGUGCAAGGUGGCAAAUAUGGUGAAGAUGCCGCACCUGCUGAUAGUGAGAAUGACACAUCUACAAAAGCAUUGACUACUAAUGAGUGUCUUAGUAAAUCCUGCAAGUGUGACUGCCAGGGAGGAUCCGGAUCAAUAUUAUCUUCAAGAAUGACUGUAUUGGAUUGUAUGCCAGAAUGUCCAUAUCAUAAACCAAUGGGAUUUGAAUCUGGUGCUGUCACUGCAGACCAAAUUACUUGUUCAAACCAAGAUCAGUACACAGGAUGGUAUUCUUCCUGGACGCCAAACAAAGCACGGCUCAACUGCCAGGGAUUUGGCUGUGCGUGGCUAUCCAAAUUCCAAGACAACGGUCAGUGGCUUCAGAUAGACCUGAAGGAAUUGAAAGUGAUUUCUGGCAUUAUGACCCAGGGGAGAUGUGACACGGAUGAGUGGAUGACAAAGUACAGCGUACAGUACAGAGUGGAUGAAACUUUAAAUUGGGUUUACUACAAAGAUCAAACUGGAAACAAUCGGGUUUUUUAUGGGAAUUCAGAUCGGUCAUCUACGGUCCAGAACUUCCUGCGACCUCCAAUCAUAUCUCGUUACAUCAGGAUUAUCCCGCUGGGCUGGCAUGUCCGCAUAGCUAUAAGAAUGGAGCUCUUAGAGUGUCUGAGCAAAUGUGCUUAAAUCGCUAAUAUCAUUUGUAUAAGUAAGCAAGAGCAGUGAAUUUCAUCUAAUAAAAGAUUAAGAUUAUUCAAUGAUCCCUACAAUAUUGACCUCAAUAUAAAUAUAAGGAUUUUAGUAAAGCAUGUGGAAAGAGUGAUGCUGAUUGCAUACAUUUGUUCUAAACUUUAACGGUUAAGUAAGAACAUGAUGUACUAAUAACACAGUCCUGCAGCCAGUCAGAUAUUAACUUUUAUUACUCGAACUGCACUUGACUGGUGUAUAACUGUUUGCUAUUUGUAGAUCCUUGCACUUUUUUUAUUGUGACAAUAGUUUAUUGUGAGACUACCAAAAACCCAAAUAAUAACAUAAGUGAUAUAUGGAGCACGACUGUGGUGGGGGAUGGGCAGUAAACAUACUAGCUUUGGUAACUAGUAAAGGACCAUGAUAAUCCCAAUUAAUAAUUUUAGCAAGGAAUGAAAACUCUACAGCAGUGGUUCACAAACUUUCUUGAAUCAAGGUGACCUAUACUAUCAGCACUGUUUCACAGCACCCCUAGGUUAAAAGUUCAUUAUUGAUAUAUUUGGGGGGGGGGGGGGAAAUUAAGUAAAUUGUGCCUGCCUGUCAUCAUUAGGUUCUGUUAUAAAACAUGUGGACAAUCUGAAGCGCAACUGUACACCACCAUAUGAUUGGCAGUCGCUAGCAUUGGUUUUGCCUAUCACUCUGACCAUAAAUAAUUUGAUUCAAUCCUGGACCACCAACCCAAGGCACCCCUGCAAGAGCGUCACAGAACCCCAGGGUGCCGAGGCACACUGUUUGAGAACCACUGCUCUAGAGUGUGUAGGCAUGCUGCAUGCAUAUCCCAGCCUGGGCAGAAAGCACAUUAGUGUGGGGUUUGUACACACAAACAUUGUACUUUGUCCUGACCUUUAAUAAAACAUUAGAAAAACAUUAGAAGGAACCUUUAAAAGCCUCCAUGUAGCAUAGUUUACUGUGUAUCAUGUACUCAAUGAGCAUUCCCAUAAAACUGCUGUAUAUUAAUAUUUUUCCAUUUCUAUUAAAUUCAAAUUGAAUUAAAUACGCUUAAAGCUGAAAGGUGGCCUCCGGCAGCUGAACAGCAGUGACAUAAAAUAAUAGAGACAGAGGGUAAGACUGGUGACUUUCUAUGGCCAGGACAAAAAUGCCAGACAUCUACUCAUUCAUACACUCCCUUGCCCAAGGGCUGGGCUAUAAGAUUGUCACCAAUCUGCAGAAGGACUCAUUGAAGUGCAGUUGAAGAGAACUUCUUAGCAACCACCAAGAACCUUGAUUCUCCAUUGUUACCACAGCAUUAAUUUUAGGCAUUCGCCUAAUUUUAAAAAUAGGCUGUUUGGUCAAGUGUAUAAUACUAUUAAUAAUUUCAAUAGUUUCAGAGCCAAAACCUUAGAUAAUGUUUAUUACCGCAGUGGAAAGCUGGGAAAUGGGUCCAUAAGGCCUGCACAGAAUAGGGAACUUAUAGUAUUUGCUUUUGUGAGUACAAUAAGACCUUCUUCUUGCAUAGAAAAUCUAGGGUCAAAUAGGGUCUGAGAUGUUCAGGGAUACAAAUGUGGAGGUUAGAUGGGUUACGUUUAAUUUGCCGGCUGUCAGGAUCCCGGUGGUCAGCAUACCUACGCCGGAAUACCGCCAGCCGGCAAUGCUGCCAGCUGGAAUAAUGGUGCUACAGGACUAUUCCCAACCAUGAGUGUCCAUGACACCUAUAGAGUGGAAAUAGAUCCUGUGGCGAGCGCAGGGGACUCUUUGCGCUCGACCCGCUACCGGCAUACUGGUGGCCGGGAUGCCGCUGUUGGUAUAUUGACAGCCAGCAUCCCGGCCGCCGGUAAAUCAUACUGAAUCCAGUUAGACUUUAGCGCCAUACAGAACCAUUUGGGUCAUCUAUGUUUCUGUGCAGGAGAAAAAGAACAUAAUUUAUAACUUUCUUUGUACAUGACUAGAAGCAAUAACAUGUUACAUGUUUUUAUAAUGAUCAAUACAAUUAGGGAAUAAAGACAAUAUAUAGAAAAUCAUCCACUCAUUAUCAGUAAAUCAGCCCAGGCUAAGAUAAGGCCCACGACUCUAGAGCAGACUAUUUAGUAAUGGGAAGAAAGGGCCAUGCGGAAAUUUUUUUUUUUUUUAAUUCUCAUGAAUAUUUGAUAAGCCAACAAAAUGUUUUCCUCCAUUAUGUAGGCACAUUAAUAAGCAGUUUAUAGUUUCCUACGAUAAUAUUUAGACUAUAUUACAUUUACUUGUAAACAGCCUUUUUAUCCCGAAUGCGCAAGGAAAUAAA